UGCAAAAAUUGUACCCGACUUCGAUGGCGUCAGCAUCCCCAGUGGAGAUUUGGCUUGAAUAUUUUGAGCAGAAUGCAGAUGCGUAUGAGCUAACGGAAAAACAACGAUAUGUGCAGGCACGAGGAAAAAUGGUUAAAAUGGCCAAGUUGUUUCUGGAGUCAGAGUUGGUGAGCACAUAUGAGCAACUUAAAAAUGCCCUAAUUGGCGAAUUUAAGUGCGCGUCGAAAAGUGCCGAUGUACAUGCAAAGUUGACGCACAGGAAGAAGAAGAGCGACGAAAGCAUGCACGAAUACAUGCUAAAAAUGAAAAAAAUUGCAGCGCUUGGACAAGUCGAUGUUGAGUUUAUUAUCGAUUAUAUAGUUGACGGGCUGGAUAUUAAAAGCGAGUUCAAAUUUGCAUUGUACGGCAGCAAAUCAUACAGCGAACUGUUGGAAAAAUAUAAGUUGUACGAGAGCAAGUGUGUUAUCGAAAAACCGCAAAAGCAAUACAGUGGUGGCAGAAAAAAUAUAACCAAUGGAAAAAGUAUUCGUUGCUACAACUGCGGCUCUAAUGAACAUAUGAGAAAAGACUGCAAAGCAGAAACAAAAUGUUUUAAAUGUGCAGGCAUCGGUCAUAUAUCUUCAAGUUGUCCACAAGCUGUAAAAAGUGUACAAGUCGUAAAAGAUACUAAGCGCUUGAAAGUAGUUGUUUUGCUGAACGGUACAGAGGUCGCCUGCCUUGUGGACACAGGAUCCGAUGUGUCAAUCGUAUGUCAGUCUUUGUACUAUAAACUUCAAAGUACUGUGAUGCAGAAGUGUUAUUCCGAUCUACGAGGCCUUGGAAACGCUAAGACGCAGCCGCUAGGUUCAUUUAUGGGCAGAGUACACGUUGACGGGAUCGAAGCCGUACAAAAGUUUGUUGUGAUACCAAACAAUCACAUCGAGAACGACGUAAUACUUGGCUUUGACUUUGCAUCGCAGUUCUGCGUGACUUUGAAUGACGGAGAAUUCAUCUUUACAAAGGCGUCAGCGCGGCCGCAAUGCGCUGAAUCAAAAGAGCUAAUACAAGCCGAGGAUCGAGUCAAUGAUAGCAGAGUACAAGCCAGCCGAAAACAACGCUGAAUGCCCAUUUCGCCAUCAACCAAGCCGUCACUCAGCUGUGGAAUCCGAGUUGAUCACAAAACAAGUUGACUCCUGGUUGCAGGAUGGCAUUUGCGCAAAUCUUCAUCGAACUUUGCCAGUCGAGUCGUCGUAAUGAAAAAGCUGCAAGCAAGGACGCGCUGCGCGACGCCGAGGAAGCAAAGACCGCCAAGGAGGAAUUACAGGCGUUGAGCAAGGAGGCCGAGCGCAAGGUCAAGGCCCUGGAGGCAGAAGUAUUACAGCUGACUGAAGAUCUGGCCAGCUCAGCGCAGCACCUGGCCAAGUUGCUGACCGCCGAGAGAGCUGAAUUACGCAAGGAGGUAAAAACACAUAUUCAGCAGGCGCAGUAAAAGUAUAAAGACUGUUAUGAUCGCAAACGCAAGGCCGAGCGUACAUAUAAAGAAGGAGAUCUGGUGGCUAUUAAACGAACUCAGUUUGUGACUGGCAAAAAACUAGCUAGCAGUUUUUACGGGCCAUAUGAAGUAACUAAGGUAAAAAUACGCGGCACGAGUCAUCUUUUUAUUAAAUACCUAAUAUAAUAAGCAAACUAUUAUAAUAUCAAAAUAUUACUAAGAUAAACAAUUGUGCUAAACAAUAAAUAUCCUACAUAUAUUUAUACUUAGA